GGAUACUUGGCGAGCUAGUCUCAGCCUCAAAGCAUGCUCAUAUGGUUAGCUUUAAGAGUGGGCAUUCAUCCCUGAAAUGACACGCGGUCAUCACACCUGAAUAGACGAAAGUAUUCCGUGCUUGCUCUGAGAAUAUUUCCCGGUCAACAGCAUUGCCUCAUUUCCCCCACUUUAGAAGCCAUCCUAGUCAUCUUGUGCAUUCUUCCCCGCUUUAGCUCAGCCUUCUCUUCCCUAUAUUGACACUCAACGUAAGUGGGGUGAUCAAUGAACACCCCGCAGCUGAGAGCUCACUCAUACGAUUAUCACAUCCAUCACUUCCACAAUCAAGAUACUUGCUGUACCAUUGGUUGUUCUGCUCGAAUUUUGCACACAGUCUCCUACUCCUCCAAGAAUGGCGCUUCUCGAAUGGCUAAAUUGGCCUCGUUUCUACCAAUCUAACCUAGCUAUCCGUGACUCCGUCGUGGUGUUAGGGUUCGUCAGGUGCCCCCCAAAAUGUUCUUUAUGGCACAUAAGUUUAACGCGUUUUUGAAAGUGCCGGAGUGAUUGGCUUAACAACAGCUCUCCGUCUAGCGAAAAACGGCUUCAAAAAUGUCACGGUCAUUGCUCGGCAUAUGCCAGAGGACAGAGAUCCGCUUUACACUAGUCCGUGGGCAGGAGCUAAUGUUGUACCGAGCCAAUCGAAAGAAGGGACGAUUCAGUCCCUAUGGGAAAAAGAGACAUUUCACGAGCUACUGCGCCUGGUGAAAUCGGAACCGGGUGCAGGCGUUUGGAUUCAGGAGAAAACUACCUACUACUUAAACCACGCUGGAUCACCUGAUCAGUUGAAGCACUGGUUUAAGGAUAUGGUCUUCGAUUAUCAAAUACUUUCCAAAGACCAGGUACCAGCAUUCGCUGACUGGGGUGUUCGGUAUGGAACAAUAGGUCUGGAUCCAAGCAUAUACCUACACUGGCUACAGUCCAAAUGCCUAGAUAAUGGAGUGAAAUUUCAAAGAAGGACUCUAAAACACAUUAAUGAGGCGUUCUACGAAAGCCCAGAUCCUGGAAGUGAACGGAGUCGACCGCGUGUGGUUGUCAACUGUAGCGGAGUUUUGGCGAGCAAACUUGGAGGUGUAAAAGAUGAUAAUAUUAUACCCAUGCGUGGUCAGCUCGUUAUUGUUGCGAAUGAGAGCAAGGGCAUGUUCUCGCUUUACGGUCUUCGUGAGGUAGAUGAAAGCAUUGGAGAGUGCAUUUACAUCAUAGAUCGACCGGCAGGUGGGGGCACCGCAAUAGGGGGAUCGUAUUAUCCAACCUGGUCCACCGAGCCAGACAUGGAACUUGCCGGGCGUCUUUUAAAGAGAGCCAUUCAAAUCUGCCCGAAUCUAGACCCGGAUGGAAAGGGUGUAGAGGCGCUGGAGAUAGUUAGGCAUCAAGUAGGUCUUCGACCUAAUCGAAAUGGAGGGGAGAGAAUUGAAAUUGAAGAAAUAAAGCUUCCAGGAGGAGAAAAUGAAGUUGGAAAGGUUGUCCAUUGCUAUGGCUGCGGGGGCGCUGGCUUCCAGCGCAGCUAUGGCAUUGCUGACAAAGCUGUGUCUUUGGUUCGUGAUUGUCUGAAUAAUUAAUGCAAGUUAAAGUACGGUGAGGCGAUUCUCUCUGUUCACAUGCCAAGACGAAGCAUGCGCAAAGAGCAC